CCGCUCGUYCCGCUCCUGCUGCUGUUACUCCUGCUGCCAUUUCAGCCAUGCUGUCCUCCCGCGCCCCGCUCGCCGCCCGCCACGACCAACCUCGGCUGUCGCCCAAGAARAGCCAGUCCCCUAUGAAGAACCUGUCGCCCAUGAAGGGCCUGGCGCUGAGCGACAAGGAGAACACGCCCCCCGCGCUCAGCAGCGCCCGUGUCCUGGCCAGCAAGACCGCCCGCAAGAUCUUCCAGGAGGCCGACAGCAAUCCGGUGCCGCGGGGCGUGGAGGAGGAGGAGCCGCUGCUGCGGGAGAACCCCCGCCGGUUCGUCAUCUUCCCCAUCCAGUACCACGACAUCUGGCAGAUGUACAAGAAGGCCGAGGCCUCCUUCUGGACGGCGGAGGAGGUGGACCUUUCCAAAGACCUACAGCACUGGGAGUCCCUGAAACCUGAGGAGAAGUACUUCAUUUCUCACGUCCUCGCCUUYUUUGCUGCCAGCGAUGGCAUUGUCAACGAGAACUUGGUGGAGCGGUUCAGUCAAGAAGUACAAAUCACAGAAGCUCGUUGUUUCUAUGGCUUCCAGAUUGCCAUGGAAAAUAUACAUUCAGAAAUGUACAGUCUUCUUAUUGACACCUACAUUAAGGAUUCUAAAGAGAGGGAAUUUCUUUUCAAUGCUAUUGAAACGUUACCAUGUGUUAAGAAGAAGGCAGAUUGGGCCAUGUGCUGGAUUGGGGACAAGAAAGCAACAUAUGGAGAACGUGUAGUAGCCUUUGCAGCCGUGGAAGGAAUCUUCUUUUCUGGCUCUUUCGCAUCAAUUUUUUGGCUGAAGAAAAGAGGAUUAAUGCCUGGACUCACUUUUUCUAAUGAACUCAUCAGUAGAGAUGAGGGUUUGCAUUGUGACUUUGCCUGUCUCAUGUUCAAGCACUUGAUACACAAACCAUCAGAGGAGAGAGUAAGGGAAAUCAUCAUGAAUGCUGUUCUCAUAGAACAGGAAUUCUUGACGGAGGCACUGCCUGUGAAGCUGAUUGGCAUGAACUGCACUUUAAUGAAACAGUACAUCGAGUUUGUGGCAGACCGGCUUAUGUUGGAACUGGGAUUUAACAAGAUAUACAAAGCAGAGAAUCCUUUUGACUUCAUGGAAAACAUCUCUCUGGAAGGCAAGACAAAUUUCUUUGAGAAGCGAGUAGGCGARUAUCAGAGGAUGGGAGUCAUGUCCAAGCCCACAGACAACUCUUUCACCCUGGAUGCGGACUUUUAAGUGAUCUGGGACCAUGUGCAUUAAUGUGCAUUAAUGUGCAUCCUGCCCUGUUUAGGGGAACACUCAGUGUGCUGAGUCACAGUGUGACUCGAUUCCUGUGUUGAAAUCCCACUCUUGUAAAGUGUGGUGAURUUGGGAUACUUUAGAAGGCUGGUGUAGCUCCAGCAGUAAAAUCCUUUUUAAUUAGACUUUGCCAAUGGUGUUAAUGCAUAGAAUGCUUAGGUGUAUCUUACAGUACAUGCUAUUCCACUCCAUGAAAGAUACAGGUCCUUCCUUCUGCAAGAUGGGAGGUCGUGGGCACUGACCCCUGGCUUCUGCUGUUCUCACCAUAAACAGAGGAUCAGUUGAGAAAUUKCAGUUGUAAAUUUGUUGAAUAGUCUAGAAAACUCUGGAGGCAACUACAUGAUGACAUCACUGCUUUCUUAGCAGGUUUUAAGUUUACCAUUUUUACUGUUUUGAUAGUUUGUACAUAAACCUGGCACUUUAAAGUUUUAAAUAAACAGCUGUCUUGUAAUAUUCAACAACAGUAAAAAUGCACAUCAAAAUCUUGUGCAGCCUAACCUUUUAUGACUUGUGUUUCUUUCUGGCUGUAAUUUUAAAAUGGUGCUGUGAAUUAAACUUCAUCUUAAAAUAUAUCAAAGAACAGGAAGAAACUCAGUAUGGAAGGUAAAGAACUACAUUGGAUAUUCUGGGUACUGGAAAAUGAGAUGCAGCUGUUUUUUGGACUUGAUUGCUUUUUCUUUAAUACCUGGGAACAGUAUUUCAUGUAAUAAAGAGCUGGUUGGACUCAGUGUUGUACUGGCUUCAGUGCUCCAAUGGGCAAAUCUGUGUGCUGAUUUCCUUCUGAAUCACAAUUUUUGUGAGGAAAUGCAAGUUCUUCAGGAAAUAGCUGCUUAGUCAUGUGGU